CCCUCUUCCUCAUCCUACAUUACGUCAUUGGGACCUGUGCACUUCUCGAUCGCAGUGAAUUUAGGGGAUGCAGCUCUUCGAGAGGCGAAGCAUGCACUUGCAGGAAACACCGGGCAGCCUUUUGUCUUCGUGCGUUCUGGUUCGGCUUCAUAUCUUGUAAAUAAAAACCGACAGGGAAGGUAAAUAACGCAGAAGGUUGGUAUAGGCCGAGUCCGGCUGUUUAUCUCGGCGUGCAGCGCAAGGCGAGCCUGUGCAGGAUCAGAUAACGAGGUUGUGUCAUCACACACUGCACUAUGCUGGGCUUCUUGCUGCGAGGAGGCUGCAGUCCUCUGGUCUGCCUGUGGGCCCUGCUGCUGCCUCUGGUCUCUCUCCAUCGCUUGAACCAACAUGGACGGAGGGGACACGCCGGGAUGAACCGGCCCAAGCUGCUGCUCCUGUCCUUCGACGGCUUCCGCUGGGACUACGUGGAUCGUGUUCCGACGCCGAACUUCCGUAGCAUCAUGAAUGAGGGGGUGACGGUGGAGCAGGUGGAGAACGCUUACAUCACCAAGACCUUCCCCAACCACUACAGCUUGGUUACGGGUCUGUACGCUGAGACGCAUGGCAUUGUGGCCAACGAGAUGUACGACCCCGUUCUGAACAGAUCCUUCUCCAUGGAGACGGACAGUAUUUAUGAUUCACGAUGGUGGGAAGAGGCAGUCCCUCUUUGGGUGACCAUCCAGAAGGCUGGAGGGCGGAGCGGGGCGGCAAUGUGGCCUGGGUCUGAUGUGAGGAUCCAUGGCAUGUACCCCACUCAAUUCCUCCAGUACAACGCCUCCAUCUCCUUUGAAACCAGAGUGGAACGGAUUAUUGAGUGGUUCUCUGCACCCAACGAGGAAGCGGUGGAUUUUGGAGUUCUUUACUGGGAGGAGCCCGAUGAGAGCGGACACAACCUGGGACCUCAGAGUCCCCUCAUGGAUGAAGUCAUUGCUGGGAUUGAUGAGAAGCUCGGCUUCCUCAUUAACGAGCUAAAGAAAGCCGGGCUGUAUGAGAAAGUGAACCUGAUAGUGACCAGUGACCACGGGAUGACACAGCUUUUCACUGAUAAUAUAAUAGAGCUGGAUGAGUAUGUCAGCAGAGACCUAUACACCUGGGUGGAUAAGAGUCCAGUGGUGGGAAUACUGCCUAAAGAAGGGAAGCUUGAAGAGGUGUACAAUAAGCUGGUGGAUGCAAACCCAAAUAUGGUGGUAUACAAGAAAGAAGAAAUCCCCAAGCACUUCCAUUAUCAGCACAACAACAGGAUCAUGCCCAUCAUCAUCGAGGCCAAAGAGGGCUGGACUGUCAUGCAGAACAGGACCGGGCCCUUCAUGUUGGGAAACCACGGCUACGACAACACCUUACGUAGCAUGCAGCCUGUGUUCGUGGCCCGUGGGCCGGCCUUUCGCCAGAAUUACGUGAAAACCUCCAUGCGCUCUGUCGAUCUUUACCCUCUCAUGUGCCACAUCCUGUCCAUCCGCCCUAUGCCGAACAACGGCUCCCUCUUAAAUGUUAAGGACCUGCUGUACCCAGAGCUAGUUCCAACCACACCCAGCACACCUCCAAGGGUCAACCAGUACUCCUACGCCCCCGUCGUAGGCUCUUUCAUCAGCGUGGUGAUGGUGCUUGGCUUUUUGGUUUUCUACAUCAGACAAGUGACGCUUAAACAGCUGCCCUCACUAAAACACAGAAGCAGGGAGAUGUCACAGCCCUUACUGCAAGAGGACUUGCACCUGUAGCUGAAGAAACAGGAAGAAUGGCAGACAUAAAAGAAGAGGAGGUAUUGCUCCCCAAGGUAGUCUGCUCUGCCCAGAAGCAUUCCCUAAACGCCUCCCUUACACCACUAAUUGCCAUUGUGCUGCUCUUUUAUUAGUUGGAGAUCAAGAAAAUCUAAUCUAACCUCGUAAUAAUGUACUGAGGUACAUCUUGUUUGCCCAAGUGUGAGGGAAAUGUGUGGGUUUUGCUUCUGGUGCAGGCGUAAUCAAGAUAGUAAACCUUUACAUGGGCUUUAUAGUGGCUUUGCUUUGAUUGUGAAUUUUACCUAAUAUCAUCUCAUCAUUUUCAUUGUCACAAAGUUAAAAAAAGAAAAAGAAAAAAAAACAUCAAAGCUAGGAGUGGAAAUAUAACCUGAGAUUCUGACAAGUAUGAACCUCUGGUGGCCAAAAAUGUGACUUGGAUAAUAUUAAGAUGUCAGUAUGCUCAAAACAAACCAUCUUAUCUGAAGGUAAAAGGGAUGGUAGCUGUUAGGAACAGCCACACUCUAAGGCAGGAUGAAAAGCUUGCCAUCAUAGAAAGGCUUGGAAGCAAUAAUUCUUUUUUUUAAUGGAAAUAACUGUGCACACUUUUAGACAAUCUUUCCUUGAUGGCAUUCAUAAUGUUGCACUCUGUUGUGUCCAGGAAAACAAAGAAAAAAAAUAGCUUGAGAAAGUUGAAAAUCCUGCCUACCUUUCGCGACCUGGCCAGUUGCUGCGUGAGGUGGCCAUGAUUAUCAGAUUGUUGCUGUUGGAAAUUACAGAAAUUGUCAGACACAGCCCCCUCCCAAUUCCAAUGUCAGUAAGGUAUCGAGGAAGGCAACAUCAGAUGUUAUUCAGUAUUCCAGAAACCACUUCUACUGAAGCAUACUGACACCUUUACCUUUACUACAGUUAUAUGAUCAUCAGUAGAUUUGGUUUAUUCAACAUUUUCAAAUCUAUGCAAAGCAGAUUUGUAUGUUGUAAGAUAAAAAAGCAUCAAGGCCUUGUCAGAUUUUUUUCCCACCAAUUGCUCUACUUGUGGUCUGCGCACUGAAUUAGAAGUUACUUUACAAAUGCUGUGAUUAAGCUGAAGUAUUCAAAACCCAACUACUUACAUGAGAUUUAUAGGAAGCAGUGUUACUUUUGAAUGUUACUUGGAAGCAGAUGUUCCACUAAAGACUCACUCAGUGUGCCAGGCUACUGCUCAUAUAUGUUGGUCAUUCCAUGAGCCCAUCGCAUCACGACCUUGCUCUUUAGUAGUCAGUUACCAUUUGCCUUUUAACUUAACAGAAAACAUCUCUCUAAUGUGUGCAAUCGUUUGUGUGUAAGUUGUUUAAAAAAAAAAAAAUUUUGGUAGCCUUUGUGUUGAGAGGGCGUUUUACCAUGUAGAUGACUGUGUACUGCCCACUCCUUCACAUGUUGACCGUCAUAACCAUGGCCAUUUGUGGGUGAAAUGUGAAGUGCAAUUGCUAUUGGUCAGUAUUUUGUCGUAGGAAUUUUGAGGGUUUUGUUGUUGCUUGAUUGAGAAGACUAUUUUGGCAUGACUUGCAAGAACUGUUCCCCUGAUUUGCACUACAGGAUAGAAAUGAAACAGAACGAAGGGGCAGUAGUUGGAUGCUUCUUAGGUCAUGUAUAAUUUGCACUUCUUGUUCGUAGUUGCUAUUUAAAAUAAUGAAAAAAGUUAGGUGCCUCUUGCCAAAAAGAUUUUUAAUUAGUGUAAUCAUAGAAAAUCGAGUAGAAUCCAGAUCUGCCAGUAAAUUAUUCAAAUAUUUUCUCAGAAUCUUUUCAGAAAGAAUUGGUUCAGUUUUCUUCUUAUGCUUUUAGAUGACUAAUACCUGUGCCCAAAAAUGACAGACAUCACUGUGAGUACAUACUUUUUACAAAAAUUUAAUUCAUAAAUUGAAAGCAUUUAUAUUGAAAUUGUUAAUUUUCUGAUAAUUGCCUUGUUUUAUGAAAGAAAAGUGUUGUCUGAUAAUUUUUCCCCUGACUUGUUGACAGAGAAACUAAAUAUAUCCAUACUAUAUUUAAGUAAUUCAUUUGAAAUUAUUAGAAAAGAAUAAAUCUUAGAUCAGGUUUAUCUCAGUUGAUUAUUACCUUGGAUUUGAAAUAUGGAUAUUUAAUAUAAUUUACAAAUUAACUAUCUUUGCCACAUUGAUGCAAUUAAAGAGUCUUCUGAAAAUAAAGGGACUUAUGUGAAACUGAA